AUGGGUUUUCACCGCGUCAUCUUCUCUCCUCUCUCUUCAGGGCUGGAUGACUGUCUGCAGCAGUACAUUAAGACGUUUGAGAGGGAGAAGGUGGGGGGAGACCAGCUGCUUCGUAUCACCCACCAAGAGCUGGAGGACCUGGGAGUGUCCCGUAUCGGACACCAGGAGCUCAUCCUGGAGGCUGUGGAUCUACUCUGUGCUCUGGUGAGUAGCCAUGAUGGAGUCAGGGGUGCUGGUCAGGGGUUAGGGCUAGCUAGAGUUAGAGCUUGUCCUGGAGGCUAUGGACCUACUCUGUCCCCUGCAUUCAGUCACGUAUUCCUCUCUAGAGUCACCACCAGGCUGGGUGGAGUCAUGAAUCAUACAGAGAAUCUAUGAUUUAUACAGGGAUUCAGUGACUCAUCCAGAGGAUCGAUGAAACCCCCAAAGAGUGUGAAUCAAGUCAGGAAGUCAGAGAACCAUCCAGAGACUCACCAACUGAAGUAGCUUUUUAGUCCAAGCCUAGGCUUAAUCUGUGUCCGGGAAGUCAGGCUUCGGUGUUUAAUCUGUUUUCCUUUGAAUGUUUUGGGGAUAGUGAAGACCCCUUUUAUAGAGGUCAGACAGGCAGCUGGCGGGGAUAAUGCUUAACUGUAAGAGUCUUUACAGCUUAGGAGUGCGGUGCUAGGAUAUGUUGAAGCAUUUUUGCUCUGACAGCAUUUCAGACUCUUGUUCAAUCUUGUACGUUUUGUUUUGUCUGACAAUCUUAGGACAUAUCGUUUUAUAAUCCCCUUAAGUAGCAUUUUCUUUCUGAUUAUUGAUCAUUAGUAGUUGCCACCUUCACAGUUGGGUAAACAUCUGAUUUAGGCUGAUAGUGUUGUAUUAGACCAGGUAAUUGCCCUGUUUGUCAGUUAAAUUCCCCUGUUCCAUCUGUAUCCUGUAAUUGAUUCCAGAGAAAAUAAACACACACACACAUACUGUACAAUCACAUCACCCCACACACAGACACAAAACAAUACACAUCAGCAUCUAGGGGGGUUUGGGUGGGUGUGACACAUGGAUGACAGAGAGUGAUGACCAAGAGAAUAUAAUAGAUAGAGAGAAAGAGGGGGAGAGAGAGGAAGAGAGAGAAGAGAGAGAGUGCGAGCAGAGAAUGAGUGGGUGAGAUUAAUGGGACUAAAGGGAAACGAGUGACGCGUAAAGAGGAGGUGGGAUGGAGAGAGGGAAGGAGUGAUGUAGAGAGAGAGGAGCUAGAGAGGAGGGGACGGAGAGUUAGGAAACAGAGGUCACAGAUGUUAUCUGAAGCCCACUCAUCCUCCAUAGCCACAUGGGUAAGCCUCGCCUUCAUUCCCAAAGCCCCUUAUGCAACUGGGAUUUAGUUAAAUCAGUCAGUCAGGCAUGCUGUAUUAAAUAUGAUUACUCAUCGGCCAGCCCCCAUCCAAGAAACCCUGGCAUGACAGACGCCCUCAGACACCCACGUGCAUAGGGGGCAUUGUGGGUAGUGCAUGAUGAGUGUUUUCUUGUUUCCCCACACAUGCGAGGUGACAGCUGGAGGGGGAGUGGGGGUGGGUCUGAUGGAUCACUGGUUCUGUUAGAUCCUCAGAUGUUUGUCACACAGUGAGGCAGGCGUAAGCAGGCGGGCUGGACUCCCUAUGAGCCCCUGUCAGUACGACUGGGUUUUUAUUUACCACGCUUUUAAUCCCUGUACUUUCACUGCCUGUAUGGAAAGAAACGUUACAGUGAAUUAUUUGUGUAUGCCACAUUCAUUUCCUUUGAACGACAGUGUGAACAGUGCUUACGGACAAGGGAGUUUAGGUAGUGUUUUUAUGAUUACCGUAGACUUGUUUAUCUCAACAACUUUAUCAUACAGUAUAUUUACAGCUCUUGGGGAAGGUAGUAGCCUUUAAUUUUCUCUUUUAGUUGCUUUCACAUGUACAGGAUGUGACUCACUGGUUAGUGUGCACUUUGUUCUUCACACACUAUAGUCAAGAUCUCCUUUGGUGAAAUGCACCCAUGUCAGGCGACUUCCUGUAAUUGUGUAUAAUAUUGGCUCUGACAUUGCUGUUGUUUGUUUGGAAUUGAUAUCUACAGGGUAAAACCCCUUGAGACCCGUUGAGACCCACCAUCACCUCUUCCUGAGGGUUCUGUAGAAACAUAAAACAACAGAAAGCAUCAACAGUCCCAUGUACAAUAACAAUAGCAUCCCGGUAGUAAAUUAUAAUGACAACAAGAAUCGACCAAAACAAUACAAAUCAUAUCCCCUCUCCUUUCUCUCUUUCUCCCUCAGAACUACGGUUUGGAGACCGAGAAUCUGAAGACUCUAUCCCAUAAGCUUAAUGCCUCAGCCAAGAACCUGCAGAACUUCAUCACAGGACGGCGGCGCAGUGGUCACUAUGACGGCCGUGUCGCCCGCAGGCUGCCCAACGACUUCCUCACCUCCGUGGUGGACCUCAUCGCUGCAGCCAAGAGCCUGCUGGCAUGGCUGGAUAGGUGAGAUUUGCAAUGAGCUACAGUACACACACAAUCACAAGCAUACAUGCUCAGGCACACUCUAUUAUACCCAGACUAUUCUCAUAGGUUGCUUUUCAAAUCACACAGUUCUCUAUGUAGUGCACUACUUUUGUCCAGACCCCAUAGGGUGUCAUAUGAGAGUUUACCCAUAAUUAAUUCAGAGGUCAAGGGUCAGAAACGGUUCACUGGGUAGCAGAAACACAUGGUCUGUUUUUGACCACUCAAACACGACUAAGUUGAUGUCCUUACAUAAUUUCCAUGAGCAAUCAGCUGACAAACAAAAGAUGAGUAAAGCCUUUAUGUAAGUGUUGAUUUUGAGAGGUUGGCCAUGAGAGAUCACUGAGCGUGUCUGUUAGGAGCUACUGUUUAUCGUCCUCAGGUCCUCUGUGAGAUGCUGCCAGACAGUGUGUGUGUGUGUGUGUAUGUGUGUGUGUGUGUGUGUGUGUGUGUGUGUGUGUGUGUGUGUGUGUGUGUGUGUGUGUGUGUGUGUGUGUGUGUGUGUGUGUGUGUACGGGUGUGUGUACGGGUGUGUGUACGGGUGUGUGGGUGUAUUAAGACAUGCAGUAAACAAACAUGUUUGUUUACUGCAUAACUAGUUUGAUUCCCUAGACUUGCACUGUAAUUUAAGAACUGAACAAUACCAGCGUCAUAUACUACACUGAACAAAAAUAUAAACGCAACAUGUAAAGUGUUGGUCCUAUGUUUCAUGAGCUGAAAUAAAAGAUCCCAGAAAUUCUACAUAUGCACAAAAAGCUUAUUUCUCUCAAAUCCUGUGCACAAAUUUGUUUACAUCCCUGUUAGUGAGCAUUUCUCAUUUGCCAAGAUAAUCCAUCCACCUGACAGGUGUAGCAUAUCAAGAAGCUGAUUAAACAGCAUGAUCAUUACACAGGUGCACCUUGUGCUGGGGACAAUAAAAGGCCACUCUAAAAUGUGCAGUUUUGUCACACAACAAUGCCACAGAUGUCUCAAGUUUUGAGGGAGCGUGCAAUUGGCAUGCUGACUGCAGGAAUGUCCACCAGAGCUGUUGCCAGAGAAUUGAAUGUUAAUUUCUCUACCAUAAGCCGUUUCUCUACCAACGUCGUUUUAGAGAAUUUGGCAGUACGACCAACUGGCGUCACAACUGCAGAACACGUGUAUGGCGUUGUGUGAGCGAGUGGUUUGUUAAUGUCAACAUUGUGAAUAGUCCCCCAUGGCGGUGGCGGGGUUAUGGUAUGGGCAGGUGUAAGCUACGGACAACGAACACAAUUUCAUUUUAUUGAUGGCAAUUUGAAUGCACAGAGAUACCGUGACGAGAUCCUGAGGCCCAUUGUCGUGCCAUUCAUCCGCCGCCAUCACCUCACGUUUCAGCAUGAUACACAAUUCCUGGAAGCUGAAAAUGUCCCAGUUCUUCCAUGGCCUGCGUACUUGUUGCAUGUUGCGUUUAUAUUUUUGUUCAGUAUAUAUCGGGACAGUGCAUUUUUUCUUAUUUUGGCUCUAUGCUCCAAAGGUUUGGAUUUGAAGUCAAACAAUGACUAUAUGGUUAAAGUGCAGACUGUCAGCUUUAAUUUUUGGGUAUUUUUAUCCAUAUCGGGUGAACCAAUUAGAAAUUACAGCACUUUUUGUACAUAGUCCCCCCAUUUUAGGACACCAAAGGUUUUUGGACAAAUUCACUUACAGUAUAUGUGUAUUAAAGUAGUAAAAAGUUACAAUUUUGGUCCCAUAUUCAUACCACGCAAUGACUACAUCAAGCUUGUGACUACACAUUUGUUGGAUGCAUUUGCUGUUUGUUUUGGUUAUGUUUCAGAUUAUUUUGUGCCCAAUAGAAAUGGUAAAUAAUGUAUUGUGUCAUUUUGGAGUCACUUUUAUUGUAAAUAAGAAUAUAAUGUUUUCUAAACACUUCUACAUUAAUGUGGAUGCUACCAUGAUUAUGGAUAAUCCUGAAUGAAUAGUGAAUAAUGAUAAGUAUAAUGAUAAGUGAGAUGGUUACAGACGCACAAAUAUCAUACCCCCCAAAAAAUAUUAUGUAUUGGUGGGAGGUUAGCAUGUCUUGAGGGUAUGAUAUUUGUGCGUCUGUAACUUUCUCAUUGAUCAUUAUUCACGAUUCAUUCAGGAUUAUCCGUAAUCAUGGUAGCAUCCACAUUCAUGUAGAAGUGUUUAGAAACAUAUUCUAUUCUAAUUUACAAUAAAAGUGACUCCAAAAUGAAACAAUACAUUAUUUAACAUUAAUUUCUAUUGAGCACAAAAUAUUCUGAAACACAACCAAAACAAACAGCAAAUGCAUCAAACAAAUUUGUAAAGUCACAAGCAUGAUGUAGUCAUUGUGUGCUAUGAAUAUUGGACCAAAUACUUUUAAUACACAUAAGUGAAUUUGUCCCAAUACUUUUGGUCCUCUAAAAUUGGGGGACUGUGUACUGAAAGUGCUGUAAUUUCAAACGGUUCACCUGAUAUGGAUGUAAAUACCCUCAUAUUAAAGCUGACAGUCUGCACUUUUACAUUGUUUGAUUUAAAAUCCAAGCUGUUGGAGUAUAGAGCCAAAAGAAGAAAAGAACAAUGGAGAUAACAGUCAUUGUCAUAUAUAAUAUGACACACGAUACACACUUCAUACUCACCAACAUGUAUUGUCCAGUCAAAGGGAUUAGAAUUAAGAAUGAUCUAAUGGUUAAUUCCAGGUGCUACUUCUUUUUCAGGUCUCCGUUUGCAGCAGUGGCAGACUACUCCAUGACAAGAAACAAUGUGAUUCAGCUGUGUCUAGAGCUCACCACGAUUGUACAGCAGGUAAGCCAUCAAACACAGUCCCAUAUACAGCUGUACCACUAGCUAGCAUUACCACUGUUACUGUUUCCCAAAACUGGGUUAUAACAAACAUUUCUCAAAGCCUUUUUUAAAUUAAGUUAGUCAACACGGAAGCUGUGUUCUCUGCUCUGCUAUUGGAAAUGACUAUAUGUGUCAUCAUGCCCAUGGAGAGAGGAUAGCCUCUGGCUACUCAAAUGUAGCCUUGCCUUUUGUAAAGAGCAUGACGGCCUGCGUGACUACCAUACAGUAUGUGUUUCUCUGUGUUGCUCUAAUUCGUACUGCGGGAGCAGAGCUGAGCUGUCCCAAUAUAUAUAAAUAGGGGAAGGCUGUGACUGUGUAGAGACAUCCGUCUUCACUAGAGCAGGACAAGGUACUGUAGGGGGAGGGCUGCAGGGAGUGAGGGAGUGUUAGUUCAGCGCUGGGUCCUGCAGGGAUUGGCACAAGGACAGGCAGGCACAUACGAGAGGCAGUGGCGUAUGACGCACCCCCGCAGUCCCCCUAAAAGCUCAGGGCUCCCCAGAUAGCAUAUGGGCACGUCAUAAGCCAUAGCAAAAUGUUUAGAAUUACAGGAAGUUAGCUUUAAAACUGCAACAUUUUCUCUCAGCCUCAUGGAUUUUUUUUUUAAUAGCAUAAGGUUAGCUAUAAAACUGCAAAUUUUUCUCUCAGCCUCAUGGCCAAAUGUGUAGAAUUGCAUGAGAUUAGUUAGGGGGGGGACUUGCUUAGACCUUGCGGGGGGGCCUCUCGAAACUGCGCUACGCCACUGAGGAGAGGGUCUCGUCCAAGACUGGGGAGGUGCUCCAAAAGACCAGCAGGUAGAGAAGUGGAGGUUUCAUCUGUGUUUGGCUGUCCUUAGAGUCUAUCUGAUGGCAGGGAGAUAUCGCCAGUAGAGAGAGAGAAGGAGCAGAGAGAGGUAGCGAGGGAUGCAGGCCCCAAAAGGGUGGACUGUUUGUGUGUGUGUGUGUGUGUGUGUGUGUGUGUGUAUGUGUGUGUGUGUGUGUGUGUGUGUGUGUGUGUGUGUGUGUGUGUGUGUGUGUGUGUGUGUGUGUGUGUGUGUGUGUGUGUGUGUGUGUGUGUGUGUGUGUGUGUGUGUGUGUGUGUGUGUGUGUGUGUGUGUGUGUGUGUGUGUGUGUGUGUGUGUGUGUGGUGUGUGUGUGUGUGGGGCGGGGGGUGGGACAUCGGUGCUGAACCUCUCUGUUCUUUGCAAAUAGCCACUUUGUUAUAUCUGGAAUAAUAAUCACUUCUCUGACACAUUGUCCUGUGGUAACCUCUGCCUCUCCAUCUCCCUCUGUUUUUCAGGACUGUUCUGUGUAUGAGACAGAAAAUAAGAUUCUGCAUGUGGUGAGUGGGCCCACUUAUUUCAAUUCCCUUCAACACAUCCAAACAUAAUUAAAAUCCCCAUAACUCAGUUACUGGCUGGCGACUCAUCCCUAAUCCAUCUUAAAUCACUGUUCACUCUUUUCCCCUUCACUCCAUCCUUCCCUUUUCCAGUGUAAGACUCUAUCUGGAGUGUGUGAUCACAUCAUCUCUCUGUCCUCUGACCCGAUGGUGUCCCAGUCAGCCCAUUUGGAGGUGGUUCAGCUGGCCAACAUCAAGUCCACUGAGGGACUGGUAAGACUCCCCAGACACUCAGGCAUACAGACUAGAAGGUCUUGUGCCUUGUACUUACUUUCUCUCUCUCACACAAAUACAAAACAUGCACUCUUUCUGGGUGAUCAACCUAUACAAAAUACCCCAUAACGACAAAGUGAAAAGAGGCUUUUAGAAAUACCUUAUUUACAUAAGUAUUAAGACCCUUUGUUAUGAGACUUGAAAUUGAGCUCAGGUGCAUCCUUUCCAUUGGUCAUCCUUGAGAUGUUUCUACAACUUGAUUGGAGUCCAACUGUGGUAAAUUAAAUUGAUUGGACAUGAUUUGGAAAGGCACACACCGGUCUAUAUAAGGUCCCACAGUUGACUUUGCAUGUCAGAGCAAAAACCAAGCCAUGAGGUUGAAGGAAUUGUCAGUAGAGCUCAGAGACAGGAUUGUGUCAAGGCACAGAUCUGGGGAAGGGUACCAAAACAUUUCUGCAACAUUGAAGGUCCCCAAGAACACAGUGGCCUCCAUCAUUCUUAAAUGGAAGAAGUUUGGAACCACCAAGACUCUUCCUAGAGCUGGCCGACCGGCCAAACUGAGCCAUCGGAGAGAAAGGCCUUGGUCAGGGAGGUGACCAAGAACCUAAUGGUCACUCUGACAGAGCUCCAGAGUUCCUCUGUGGAGAUGGGAGAACCUUCCAGAAGGACAACUAUCUCUGCAGCACUCCACUAAUCAGGCCUUUAUGGUAGAGUGGCCAGACGGAAGCCACUCCUCUGUAAAAGGCACAUGACAGCCCGCUUGGAGUUUGCCAAAAGGCACCUAGGACUCUCAGACCAUGAGAAACAAGAUUCUCUGGUCUGAUGAAACCAAGAUUGAACUCUUUGACCUGAAUGCCAAGCGUCACAUCUGGAGGAAACCUGACAUCAUCCCUAAGGUAUAGCAUGGUGGUGGCAGCAUCAUGCUGUGGGGAUGUUUUUCACUGGGAAACUAGUCAGGAUCGAGGGAAAGGUGAACGGAGCAAAGUGCAGAGAUCCUUGAUGAAAACCUGCUCCAGAGCACACAGGACCUCAGACUGGGGCGAAGGUUAACCUUCCAACAGGACAACAACCCUAAGCACACAGCCAAGACAACGCAGGAGUUGCUUCGGGACAAGUCUCUGAAUAUCCCUGAGUGGUCCAGCCAGAGACCUGAAAAUAGUUGUGCAGCGACGCUCCCCAUCCAACCUGACAGAGCUUGAGAGGAUCUGCAGAGAAGAAUGGGAGAAACUCCCCAAAUACAGGUGUGCCAAGCUUGUGGCAUCAUACCCAAGAAUACUCAAGGCUGUAAUCACUGCCAAAGUUGCUUCAACAAAGUACUGAGUAAAAGUUUUGAAUACUUAUGUAAAUGUGAUAUUUCAGUUUUUUAUUUUUAAUACAUUUGCUAAAAUUUUAAAAACCUGUUUUUGCUUGUCAUUAUGGGGCAUUGUGUGUAGAUUGAUGAGGGAAUUUUAAAAAAUGGAUUUUAGAGUAAGGCUGUAACGUAACAAAAUGUGAAUAAAGUCAAGGGGUCUGAAUACUUUCCGAAUGCACUGUAUUUACUUAGUAGAUUUCUCCUGUACAAUAUGUGGACAUAAACUGUUAUCUAAAACCUCCAUGUUUGCUCUGACUUGCACUUAGAUAUGACUGUCCUGCUUGGGGCUGUAAGCUCCCACCCCCACACACAAAUAAAUGCACAGACCACACAGAGGGCCACAGAGCUUUUCACAUACAGUACAGGCAAUAUAACCUGAACAGAGGAGUGGGCCGUGUGGGAAAAAAAUAAACCUCUUACUCUCAUCUCACUCAGACUGAAAUGCACUGAGUGUGUGUGCUUGUGUGUGUCUAUUUGUUAUGCAUUUACAGCCCAUCUAAGGGCAGGCUUGAACAUUUUAGUAUGUUUGUCUGUUUGCCUCUACAAGUGACAGUGACCGAUUGAAUAUUUACGAUAUGGAUUUUUUUAUUUAUUUUAUUUAUUUAUUUCACCUUUAUUUAACCAGGUAAGCCAGUUGAGAACAAGUUCUCAUUUACAACUGCGACCUGGCCAAGAUAAAGCAAAGCAGUGCGAUAAAAACAAUAACACAGAGUUACAUAUGGGGUAAAACAAAACAUAAAGUCAAAAAUACAACAGAAAAUAUAUAUACAGUGUGUGCAAAUGUAGCAAGUUAUGGAGGUAAGGCAAUAAAUAGGCUAUAGUGCAAAAUAAUUACAAUUAGUAUUAACACUGGAAUAAUAGAUGUGCAAGAGAUGAUGUGCAAAUAGAGAUACUGGGGUGCAAAUGAGCAAAAUAAAUAACAAUAUGGGGAUGAGGUAGUUGGGUGGGCUAAUUUCAGAUGGGCUGUGUACAGGUGCAGUGAUCGGAAAGGUGCUCUGACAACUGAUGCUUAAAUUUAGUGAGGGAGAUAAGAGUCUCCAGCUUCAGAGAUUUUUGCAGUUCGUUCCAGUCAUUGGCAGCAGAGAACUGGAAGGAAUGGCGGCCAAAGGAGGUGUUGGCUUUGGGGAUGACCAGUGAGAUAUAUUUUAUGAGAUAUAUAGAUUUAUGGAUGUGUUUUAUGUAGCUUUGUACUGAAUGUAUUUAUGUGUUUGUGUUUGUUAUGUACUGUACAUGGAUGUGUGAACUUGUCAGGAUAUGGCUGUAAGCUACCUCUCUCUGUCUCUGUAUAGGGCAUGUACAUCAAAUCGACAUAUGAUGGCCUGCAUGUCAUCACUGGAACUACAGAGGGAGUGAGUAUAUUUUCAACAUUGUCAGUCAGGACUAUGAAGCCAUAGUCUCCCGAGUGGCGCAGUGGUCUAAGGCACUGUAUUGCAGUGCUAGCUGUGCCACUAGAGAUCCUGGUUCGAAUCCAGGCUCUGUUGUAGCUGGCCGUGACCGGGAGACCCAUGGGGCGGUGCACAAUUGGCCCAGGAUAGGGGAGGGAAUGGCCGGCAGGGAUGUAGCUCAGUUGGUUGAGCAUGGCGUUUGCAACGCCAGGGUUGUGGGUUCAAUUCCCACCAGUAAAAAAAAUAUAUAUAUAUAUAUAUUUAAAAAAAGAAUGAUGUAUGCACUCACUAACUGUAAGUCGCUCUGGAUAAGAGCGUCUGCUAAAUGACUAAAAUGUAAAUGUAAUUUGGCACAUAGAUCAUUCUCCUAUGAUAUAGACGGAGAAGUGUCACUCAUGGCUGUGUCACAGUGAAUCUCCUUAAUGACAGUGAACAGCAUCAGGCCCAUCAGGUUUUAUAGCUGUGUGAUGUGUCUUCCUCUCCAUAAGUCUCUGGCUGACCGCUGUAAGAAAAUCCAUGCAGGCGAUGAAGUCAUCCAGGUCAAUCAUCAGACAGUGGUGUGUCUCUCUCUCUCUUCUUACCUUAUAUUAUCUCUCUGCUCAUCCCCUUUAUCUUGUUCUCAUCUUAUGUUUACAUACUGGUAUAUAACUACCCUAUGAUUACUACUAUGCUUGUGCGAAAGGUAGCCCUUUGUGUUUUUCAUUGUGUGUGUGUGUGUGUGUGUGUGUGUGUGUGUGUGCGCGUGUGUGUUUGUUGGCGUGUGGCGCUAGGUGGGCUGGCAGUUGAAGAAUUUGGUGAAUUCUUUGCGUGGGGACCCCGGCGGUGUUAUGCUGACUCUGAAGAAGCGCCCACAGAGUACACUCACAUCCACCCCAGCACUGCUGAAGAACAUGAGAUGGAAACCCUUAGCCCUGCAAGUAUGACAACACUUUCAACCUCCACACAACUGAUGAAUGUGUGUAUAUACUUUAUAGUAUAUAUGGAAUAGGGUGGCAUUUCAGACACAGCCUGUGUGUUAGUGAGAGGUGAUUUAUAUACUGUAUACCACUAUUUUAUCAGUAGGUUAAUGAGUGAGAGGGUGUGUGAACUUUUGCAUGUGCAUAGUAUGUGACUGUCUAUGCAUGGUGACGGUGAGUAUGCAAUCAGGAGAGUGCAUUUGUAUGCUUGUGGAUCUCGGUAAAGCAGUGAGUUUUUGUGACUGUGUCUGUCUGUGUGUCAUAUUCUGCCCCAAACAGUUGUGUAAUAUAGAAGUCGUAUCUGAACUAGUGCUUGGAAGACGCGUGUGUGUGAGGGGCAUAUGUGACUCCAUCCCUGACCCCCCUCUGAGUCCCACGCUGGGCUAAGUGCUGUUUUCCUCCCUCCCCCUGGGGCCCUGACCAACUGGAGCGCAUCAGAGCUCUGACGCCUCCUGAUCCCCCCCCCCAUCCUCUCCUCCUCCUUCUCCCUCUCUCCUUCUUACAUUUACAUUUACAUUUUAGUCAUUUAGCAGACGCUAUUAUCCAGAGCGACUUACAGUUAGUGCAUACAUUAUUAUUUUUCAUACCCCCUGUGGGAAUCGAACCCACAACCCUGGCGUUGCAAACGCCAUGCUCUAUCAACUGAGCUACAUCCCUGCCGGCCAUUCCCUCCCCUACCCUGGACGACGCUGGGCCAAUUGUGCGCCGCCCCAUGGGGUCUCCCGGUCGCGGCCGGCUACGACAGAGCCUGGAUUCGAACCAGGAUCUCUAGUGGCACAGCUAGCACUGCGAUGCAGUGCCUUAGACCACUGCGCCACUUCUUUACCUCUUCUCCUCUCCCUACCAUCCUCUCCCUCUUGUUUCAUCAUGCAUCCAGAUUCAGUUAUUGACUUAUGCUUUGAAUUUACAGUUCAUCAAAUGCAAAGGAUCAAAUACAUUUUCCAUUCCCUAACCCUGCCUUUAGCCAUUCUCCAAUCGAGAAAUGAGCAAUUCCCACAAAUUGAAGCUCUAAUGGUUUGAUUAAGCGUAGUCUUAAACUGCUUACGAGACUACACAUCACUGCAGUAUGUCAGAAAACUAACCCCCUCUCUCUCUCCCCCAUCUCCCCCCCUCUUUCCUUCUCCCCCUCUUUCUCUCUCUCUCCUCACAGCCCAUCAUCCCUCAGAGCCCCAGCAGCAGUGUGGCGACGCCCACCACUACCCGGAGCACCCCGUCCAGGAGAGACAGCUGUGCCCUGCAGGACCUCUUCAUCCCCCCGCCCCCUGAGGAACCAUACACCCCCAGGUACAUAUACAAGCUGCCUCACUGUGACAUACUGUAUGCCUUACCUUAGGGAUUACAGUGUAGUCACUGUUCAUAUGCUGUACUUUUGAGUAAGUUAACUGCAGUGAAAUAUUGUACAAUGGUUUACCUGUGUAAUUACGAUAGUCUGUGUAUUUAGUCAGUUUGUUCCCUUUUGAGGAGUGAUUUAUGUGCCUUGUAGUAUAUGAGUUUGUUUAGGUUUACCUAUGCAGUCGAUGCUCCAUAGGUCAGCAGACUCUCUCCAUGAUCUGUGCUGCAGAGAUGACAAGGGGAAUCUACCAGGUGACGAUGACCUCCAAGCUGAAGUCCCGGUAGCCAAGGGCUCUGAGUCCCCCAACUCCUUCCUGGACCAGGAGUGUCGCCAACAUUUUCCUCUGGUGGAGGAGGAUGCUGUUCUCUACUGCUAUGAGUACGACCAGAACCACGGACCUCCACCUGUCCGCAGGGACAGCACCCCCACUUAUGGUAUGACCCAGUUGAAGCCUGCAUAUUUGUAUGAGGGAUGUCAAUCCCCCACAUACUAUAUGGUAUGACCCAGUCCAAGCCUGUGUCUUUGGAUGUGGGAUGUCAAUCCCCCACAUAUGGUAUGACCCAGUCCAAGGCUGUGUGUUUGGAUGUGGGAUGUCAAUCCCUCACAUAUGGCAUUAACCCAGUCCAAGGCUGUGUGUUUGGAUGAAGGAUGCCUGUGGUGCACUUGUUCCUAUGCAAUGCUUUUUGUGUUUGUAAUGUUAGUGUUUGUGUCACUGUGGUGUUAAUAUAGGCCGUUUGUAGCUCUUUGAUGUUCCUGGGUAGGUCUGUAAUGUUGUAUGUUAUCUGUGCUGUGUGCUCCAGGCAGGCUUAGGCCCAUCUCCAUGCCAGUGGAAUAUAACUGUGUGGGAGACUAUGAAGACUCGGCCAAGCUGAAAAGAGAGAGCAGGAGAGGUGAGUGGGAGGCUGGGAUGGAGAGAGAGGGAGAGAUAAAGAGCGAGGGGAGACAGAAAGAGAGAGAUAUAGCAGAAGAGGUGAGUGGGUGGAUAUCUCUCAUAAUUGGGCCAGGGAUGGGUUUUCUACCUCCCCAUCUCAGAUGUCUUAGCCAAGGGACCAGGAGGCUGAGCAGCCAUGCAAGGCAGGGCUCAGUGCAUGAUAGCUAUGAUGCUGAAUUAGCUAUCCUCCUAUUUAUCUGUCCCUCUUUUCCUGUAUCUUCUUUCUGUGUAUCUUAAUUAGUCCUUCCUGCUCUCUCUCUCUUUCUCUCUCGUCUCUUUCUCUCGGUCUCCCUCUCUCUCUUUGCUUUUGGGUCUUGAAGGUACUGUAUGUCGUUGCCUUGGCAACUGUAGCCAGGAUCUUCCCAAGAUUCGUGCAUUUCAUUGGUUGCGGCCAAGCCCAGUGGCAAACAGAGUAGGAAGAGAGCGAAUGGCCUUAUUUCAGUCUGAGAGGCAGCCAUUGUGAUGUUAUGUUUAUGAUUCCUGAAGGGGGUGGUGGCAGUCAGUCUACUGUUCCUGUGGGCUUUUCAGCAUCAGUGAGGGUGCUAUAUUUAUCUGCCUUUUUGGCAAGAGGCAAUAUCUUGACAUAUUGAAUGUCUGCCUUAAUGCAACAUUUCUUUCUAUUUAUGAGGGAAAUGCCCUGCAAAUAUCAAAAUAAUGACACUCCUUUAGGAAUUACUCUGUUGGUUCAGUGCAGUAAUGGAGUUUGAGUGAAGUCUAGAUAUUUGUCUGAAUGACAAGACCGAGUAAAGCCUUAGAGCCCUAAAGCCGAAUGCCUGGACACACUACAGGAUUACACAAAACAUCAAUUACACUUCCCAGUGAUAUGACUCACAAAACUAGCCCAUAAGUCAGAUUGAGGAUAUUAGUCAAUGGGCCUUGCUCCAGCCUCAAGGCCCUAAUGAAAUGACUAUGCCCACAAGUCACACAACUGUCCCUUUUCAUCCAAGCAAUCAUUACACAAUCUCUAGAAUUUGAUUUUGGCUUGGCUUGUUUUUCGCUGUUGUUUAAAGUUUGCAUUAACUAAGUUACAGCACAAUGAAUAUUCAGUAGGUAGAAAUUAUGUACACAUUGUAGGCCUAUAGAUUCAAAUGGCAUUCGACAAAGUGAUAUAAUUGCUGGCCUUCCCUGCUCCCAUAGAAAACUCUCUGCUGCGCUAUGUGAGUCAGAGUGAGGCCAUGCCAGAGGAGUACCUGACAGGACGCAGCAGGAAGAAGGGUGACAAGGGCAGCCCCGCCCACUACGCCCUCCACCCAGCCCUCCAGAUGGAAGUCUCCAUGUCCACAUCCAGCUCUGACUCUGCCUCCCUCUAUCAUGUAAGUCCCAUUGGUCCCAGACCCCUGAGACAACACUGACGUGUCGUUUGUUGUGAUUAAGGUCAGAUAUUUCGAGGACUGAUCACAGUGAAGACAGACCAAUGUGUAUUGCUAUCUCUCAAAUUCAUGUGUGUUAUUUUGUAGAUGUUUGAACGAUCCUCGCUGCUCUCAAGGUCUAGGAAGAAGAGUAAAGGUGAGUUAUUUAAAACCUACAGUCCAUACCCCAUGUACAGUCUCAAAUAUGCACUACAUACAUCUAGAUACAUGCUGAUGCAGACCAAUACAGUCCAUUCAUUGCUACCCUCUCCUCCUCUCUCCUCACUGCAGUAGGCGGUUCUCUGUCCUCCAUCAGUAAGAGGCGUAUCUCCUGUAAGGACCUGGGGCGGGGGGACUGUGAGGGCUGGCUGUGGAAGAAGAAGGAUGCUAAAAGCUACUUCUCCCAGAAGUGGAAAAAGUACUGGUUCAUCCUGAAAGAUACCUGCCUAUACUGGUACAUGAAUGAGGAGGUGAGUGUGUGACAGACUUGCUGAUUUGUAAUACCGUGGCUUCCUCUCCUGAUUAUCUUAUCUAAAAUGUGAACCAUCCCUAUUUAUUUUUUGUAUGUGUCAGAAAGGUAAUGGGUGUCAGAACAAUAUAUGAUAUUGUGUUUUUUCCUCCCUCAGGAUGAAAAGGCAGAGGGCUUUGUUAGUCUCCCAGAAUUCAAGAUCGAUCGUGCAUCUGAGUGCCGUAGGAAGUAGUGAGUACAUGUAUUUGUGUUUGUAUACCGAUUAAUGAAUAUUUGGGUCUUGUGGUCUGUGUGAACCUCAACAUGUGUUUGUUUGAAUGUGUCGAGAAUGGAGUGUGUGUGUGUCUUUAAAUGCAUUAUAUGUUUAUGGGUGUCUUGUGUCUCUAUGUACAGUAUAUGCAGUCUGUGUAUGUGCCCCAGGAUAUGCACAGUAUGGUGGAAUCUGUCCUUGACAUCAUGUUUAUGUGUUCCAGUGCUUUCAAGGCCUGCCAUCCAAAGAUCAAGAGUUUCUACUUUGCAGCAGACAAUGUGGAUGACAUGAACAGGUGAGAGUCACUGUCAGUGAGGAUUACUUAAGCUGACACAGAGCUGAGAUAUGAGAGGGGGAGACAGGAAGAUACAAGGAGGUGAGACAGACUGACAGAAACCUGUAAAGUGUAGGAAAAUAGGGCUAGGCAGGUGACCAGGUGAGCUGAUGUGAGAUGCAAAAACAACCGGGGAUAACAGAAUGGUGUGUGGUGUGUGAGAUCUGGAAUGGUGUGUAGCUGUCAUGUUUCAUUAGUGUUGUUCCCUCACAGGUGGCUGAGUCGUCUGACCAUGGCAGUGGCAGGUUACUCGGAGCAGGAGAGGAUCCGACAGGACCAGGGUGAGAAUACAUGAAUACACAUGAAUAAAGCUGGCAAUAAUAAUGGACAACAGCUGCUUUGUUUGCCCUACUUUAGAAAACCCCCCCACAUUGUCUCUUUCUGAUGGUGACGUGUCCUCUUUUCUGCUUCGUCUUUGUCAUCAUCACCAGACUACUGGAGUGAAAGUGACCAUGAGGACAUGGAGAUGCCUUCAACCAUGCCGAAACAGGACAGCCCUCCACCCCCCUACGACAGCUACCCCAGGCCCCCCUCGGCAAGUUAA